AUGACUUGUAUUGAUGAAGGAGCGCUGGCCGUCCUUCUGUACGGUCUAGCCUGUCAUGUUGUGGUAGACCUGCUUGAUGCUGUUGUCAUGCAAGUUCCACUUCAGCCCUGGUCCUUUUGUCUGCUUUUACUGGGCAUCAUUGUCUUGAGCACACACCUCUCGAAGGACGACGGGAACAAGCAAGACAACAUACCGCCCUUUCUGGAAUGCUUUAUCGCCCUCGCCGGCAUCUUGUGCGUCCUGUAUGCAGCCUCAGGACGUCGUCCGUCCGCAGACAUUGCGUCGCCUGCAGCAGUAUCUGUGACGGUUGGCAAGGUCUCUCUCAACAUGACCAAAGUCGCGAGCCUCAUUGAGACUCGUCCACUCCCAAUUUUGGUUCCAUUCCUCUCUCACUGGCUUGCCAACGUGCCUGAAGAUUGGCCCUUUGUUGUAUGGACAUCACCUGAAGCAAAAGAUCAAAUGUUGUCGAGUGCUACACUCUCCAGAGCCGUUGCCAGUGGCAGACUCAACUUAACAAUCUUGCCCGACUGGGUCGACGUCAGUAGUGGCGAACAUCUCUCGCGCUUCCUGACCAAGCCCUGGUACUGGCACGCGCAUGACCCACGAGCAGAGUGGAUGCUCUUCUUCCAGGCAGACUCUAUGCUGUGCGCUGCAUCAGAGCAAACGGUCGAUGAUUGGCUAGGCUAUGACUUUGUUGGUGCACCUUGUCCCUGGAGCACACAUGAUGGGCAUCACGGCGGUAACGGCGGUUUGAGUAUGCGCAAGAUAUCCAGCAUGCAGCGCAUCACCAACGACAGACGACCAGACAUUAUCAGGCAGGACAAUACGCACAGCAACUGGCGUCAGUAUCAUGGCACGCCGCACGAAGCGGAAGAUUGGUGGGCGCUCAGUCGUAUCGAGAUGCUUGUUCCUGAUGCUCGCUGGCCUGAGGAUCGCAGCCAAAAUACCUUUUCCAUUUCGUGGGGUGCACAGGAUGCGAUGCGACCAUUGGGCGUGCAUCGUGGUUUCGUCGGCUCAUCAGUUACUGUCCCGAGUUACUCAUGA